UCAUAUUUUAAAGGUUCUGUAAAUGAUCGUCACCAGUAGAUGCCAGUAGAUGUGGCAGUUGACCGCAUGCAUCUCAGAGCAAAACAAAUGCUUCAUCAGCCACACCUCUGGCCUCCGUUUGGUUCUGUUCGCCCCCCCUGUGCUGUAGCAGCUCAUAGGUCUCUCCAUCUCAGUAAAGCCAGACCAGUAUUUGCUCCAUGGUUGGGCUGGAACAGAAAUUCAGCCUCUGACUUAUCCACUAGGACAGCGGUCGCAGGAAUGACACUGUCCUUUGAUGCGGAGGAUUUGGGGAUAAUAUAUGUUGUUUGAAGAAGAACUUGACUAGCCGUCUAGACCAACUAAGAGUAAAUAAUCAUCAUUUCCCCACCACAAUUAGGCGAAAUCUGUGGCGCCAUGGAGGAAGCUUUGAAAUAGCAUUUCGAUUUUAAGAGACAAGAUUUACAGACAGCUGACACAAUAAAGAAUGUAUGAAAAAUGAGUUUAACAAUCAAUAAAAACGUUUUAGAAACAGAUUUUGUGUUUAUCUUCUUUAUAUUUCCGUAUUUUCUUUCUUUAUUUGUUCAUCAAUACUUGACCUCAGUGGCAUAUCUGUAAAUGCUGCACCUUGAAAAUAGCUAGGUUUCCAAUGAAUAGAGCAAUGAGGAAUACCCCCUCACGCACGCGCGCGCGCACAUGCACGCGAGCGCGCGCACACACAAACACAUACACACAUACACACAAACACAUACACACAUACACACAAACACACAAACACACACACACACACACACACACACACAUGCAGUGGGCGUGCCUUUCCUCCAGCUGGAGUAAAUAGAGGCGGCGCAGCACCGUGCGCUUCGGACAGGGACUGGCCACGUCUCUGCGCGCCGACACCGGCUGACACAUAAACAGCGCUCCGCUCCAUCUCUGCACAGCUCCGAGCUGCUCAUCUCACAGGCUCCGGGACCAGACACAGACUACAUGCUCCAGGUCGGUGCCUUUGGUGGCUCCCCGCUGUGAACUUGGCACUUCCCACUCUGAGACCUUCUCUGACGCCCACUGGGAGGUCUGAUGCAACCUUUGAGGGCCUCUAGUGUGAAGUUGGUCAGCGGCAGGCCGAGAGAGAUGAAGACAUGCGUCGUGUUUCUGGCGGCUCUGCUGCUCCCCAGCAUCCAAGCAGUUUGUCCGGAUAAGGAGCCGGGACUGCAGCCGUGGAUGCCAGGACACAGUGAAGACCACCGCGUCACCAUCGGUUAUGGCAGGAAGGUCCUGCUCACAACCUCCGCUACGGUCCACUCCAUUGAGAUUCUCAGUGGAGGAAAGUUGGUGAUUGCUGACACCAGCCGGCCAAUACUGCUUCGAACAAAACACAUUCUGAUUGGGAACAAGGGGGAGCUGCACAUCGGAAGCCCAGACUGUCCUUAUAAAGGCAACCUCACCAUCUCCCUGUUCGGAAGAUUGGACGACAGGGAUCAGGAGCACAGCUACUUUGGGAGGAAGUACCUUGGCGUGGGGACAGGAGGGACGCUAGAGAUCCACGGAGAGAAGAAGCUGUCGUGGACGUUCCUAAACAAGACCCUCCACCCCGGAGAGAGCAACCAAAACAACUAUCUGUUCCAGAGAAGCUGGGGGAACCGGGGCAUCAUUAUCCACGUCAUCGAUCCCAGGACCGGAGAGGUGCUGCACGAUGACAGGUUCGACACGUACCGCAGUAAGGACGAGAGUCGUCGCCUUUCCAAGUACGUGGACGGUGUGGAAACUGGGCUCAUACUGGCCAUGCUGGUCAACGACGAGGGCUCCAACAACCUGGAGGACUCGGCCAAGAAGAGCCUGUGCGGGCUGGGCAGUCAGCACAUCAGCGGUCUGGGAUUUCGCCAUCCCUGGACUUUUAUAGUGACAAAGGGUGACACCUCAUCAGUUGUGGAAGAUUACGCCGUCUAUCAAGGGACCAAGGCGUCCUCGGAGGCCCGCAGCUCUCGUGUUUUCCGCUCGAGUUACGGGGAACAUUUCACCGUCACCACCAGCAGCCAGUGGGUGCAAGAGGCAGAGUGGACAGAAUGGUUUGACAGGGAUGAUGAGAAGGGAUCUGGAGACUGGGAGAAACUGUCUGACCUGCACGAGGCGUAUCCCGACAGACUGUGUGGCAGUCCGCUGGACAUCCAGGCUGAAACCCAUGAUGGCAUACCAUCCAACCAGACUGGAGAUGUGAUCCACAAGAAUGACAAGGACUACGGCUUUGUCUGCCUCAACAAGGACCAGGCUCACGGCCUCUGUCGCAACUACAGGGUCCGCUUCCUUUGUGGAAAACUGGUUCGCCCACAGGCCUCCAUCUCCAUCGACAUGUUGUCCAACAGCAGUAUCCUGGAGCUCGCCGACCAACCAGAGGGCUGGGGGUUGGGGGAUCGGGUGGUGGUGGCCAGUACCGACUACUCCAUGCACCAGGCGGAGGAGUUCACCCUGCUGCCCUGCCCUACCUGCACAUCCAACCAGGUCAAGGUCCAAGGUAAGGCCCAGUUCAUCCACAUGGGUGAGGAAGUGGACGGGGUGGACAUGAGGGCGGAGGUCGGCCUGCUGAGUCGUAACAUCCUGCUCCGUGGUGAGAUGGAGCCUGGCUGCUACGGCAACGAGGCCUGCAAAUUCUUCACCUUCGACACGUUUGGUGGACAUGUAAAGGUGGAGCGGGGAUUUAGGGCAGUUCAUAUAUCUGGACUGGAGCUGCGGCACAUGGGCCAGCAGACAAUGGGACACUAUCCCAUCCAUUUCCAUAUGAAUGGAGAUGUGGAUGAGAGGGGAGGCUACGACCCCCCCACCUCUGUCAGAGAUCUGUCCAUCCACCACUCCUUCUCCCGCUGCAUAACCAUCCAUGGCUCCAACGGACUGCUGGUAAAAGACGUGGUAGGUUAUGACAUGCUGGGCCACUGCUUCUUCAUGGAGGACGGUCCAGAAGAGAGGAACACGUUUGACCACUGUCUGGGUCUGAUGGUGCGAGCGGGGACCCUGCUGCCUUCAGACCGAGACAGCAAAAUGUGCCGUGAUAUCACUGAGGGAGCUUAUCCAGGAUAUGUGGCCAACCCACGACAAGACUGCAGCGCGACUUCAACUUUCUGGAUCGCCAACCCCAAUAACAACCUCAUCAACUGCGCUGCUGCAGGCUCAGAGGAAACAGGUUUCUGGUUCAUCUUCCACCAUGUGCCCACUGGCCCCUCAGAGGGUCUGUACUCCCCCGGACACACUGAACACAAACCUAUGGGCCAGUUCACCAACAACAGAGCCCACUCCAACUACAGGGCUGGGAUGAUCCUUGAUAAUGGAGUAAAGACCACCAAGGCUAACGACAAGGACAAAAGACCCUUCUUGUCUCUGAUUGGAGCCAGGUAUGGCCCCCACCAGGAUGCUGACCCCUUCAAACCCAGAGUCCCGGCUCUCAUCCACCACUUUGUGGCCUAUAAGAACCAGGACCACGGAGCCUGGCUGAGAGGAGGGGAUGUGUGGCUGGAUGACUGCCAAUUUGCUGAUAAUGGCAUUGGCCUCACUCUCGCAAGUGGAGGGACGUUUCCAGACGAUGACGGCUCUCGCCAGCAGGUGAAGAAUUCGCUGUUUGUGGGUGAAAGUGACAAUCACGGGAUGCCUCUCCCUGACACCCGGAUCUGGGGACCCGGGGGUUCUGACCUCACUGGCAGGACCUUGCCACGUGGCAUUGAUUUUCCUAUCCGGGGCAUGCAGAUCUACGACGGCCCCAUCAACGUGCAGAACUGUACAUUUCGGAAAUACACAGCUCUGGAUGGACGUCACACCAGCGCCUUUGGCUUCAGGCUCAACAACUCGUGGCAGAGCUGCCCCAACAACAACGUCACCGACAUCACCUUUGACCACGUCCCUAUCACGUCUCGGGUGUUUUUUGGGGAACCGGGUCCCUGGUUUAAUAAGAUGCAGAUGGACGGGGACAAGACGACCGUCUUCCACGACAUUGACGGCUCAGUCAGCGAGUAUCCCGGAGCUUUCCUGGUGAAAGAGGACAACUGGCUGCUCCGUCACCCUGACUGCAUCGACGUGCCCGACUGGAAAGCUGCUAUUUGCAGCGGCCGCUACGCACAGAUCUACGUCCAGACUCGUAACCCUGCCAACCUGAACAUGGACAUAGUGAGGGAUGAGUACCCUGAUCGGCCUCUGACACUAGAGGGCGCCCUUGGGAAGAGGAAACACUACCAGCAGUUCCAACCUGUGAUCACACUUGCUAAAGGUUACACCAUCCACUGGGACCAGGUGGCGCCUGCUGAGGUCACCAUCUGGCUCAUCAACUUCAACAAAAAUGACUGGAUCAACGUGGGCCUCUGUUACCCACAAGGCACCACCUUCACCAUCAUCUCCGACAUCCACAACCGCCUGACCAAACAGACCCGCAAGACCGGCGUCUUCAUGAGGACGACGCAGAGGGAGAAGAUCAACCACUCCCACCAGACCAGAGGAUACUACUACUGGGAGGAAGACACCGGCCUGCUCUUCCUGAAGGUGAAGGCCCACAACGACAGGGAGCAGUUCGCCUUCUGCUCUGUCAAAGGUUGUGAGAGGGUGAAGAUCACAGCCAUCAUCCCCAAAGGUAGUCCCCCCAGCAACUGCAUGGCCCAGGCCUACCCCCGACACGCCGAGCUGCCCGUCGUGGAUGUACCCAUGCCCAGGAAGACACCUAAUGCCAGGCUGCACUCACCGGAACAUUUCUUGGAGGUCAAGCUGGAAUCCUACAACACCCGCUUCUUCCACAUCAAGGAGGACUUUGCCUUCAUUGAGGUGAAUGGUAAGAAGUUGUACCAAGCAGACGACGGGGUGCAUCUGACGGUAAUUGACGGGCUUGAUGGGAAGGUGGUGGAGAGCAAGAGCUUCAAGAACUCCAUCCUGCAGGGCAUCCCUGCACAGAUUGACAACUACGUCAGUGGACUGAGAGACGGUUCCAUCGUCCUCAUGACGUCUAAAGGACGCCUGGUCACCAGAGGAUCCUGGACUAAAGUCCUGGACAGACUUGGAGCAGACAAAAGCAUCAAACUGAAAGAUAAAAUUGCAUUUGUGGGAUUCAAAGGCUCCUUCCACCCGGACUGGGUCCAUCUGGAGGUGGAUGCAGACCGAGCCAAGAUCCAUCAGGUCCUGCCUGUUCCUGUGGUGCACAAGAUAAAACUAUGAGUGGCAGACAGAAUGGGGAGGAAAGCCAAGAGACUAUGUAGCCCCAGAUACUGACACAUACCCCUUCAAAAAAUGCACACACACACACACACACACACACACACACACACACACACACACACACACACACACACACACACACACACACACACACACACACACACACACACACACACACACACUGCCAGCACUGAAGAGUCAGUCGCUCCAAGCCAUUGGUCCAGUAUCAAGUGGUGUUUUUUUCUAUUGGCGGUCAGAAAAAAAGAUGUGACUCUGCGGUGUGUUCCCAGAGCCAGCUCUGCCUCUGAACUGUAUCUGUGUGAGACACCCAUCUUCAGUAGACUGCUUUAAAGUGACAACACACCCUGUGGCAGCCAUAUUGGAGGUCUGCAACUCUUUAGCAACAGUGGCUCAAAACAACCAUUGGUGUUUGCAGAGACGUGAUUGGCUCCACAGAUGUGAAUAGAUAUGAUAUUGGUUCUGUUUCUGACUGCACAGUCACUUCGUCACUAAUGUUGUUAUGUUUACAUAAUCUCAGCUUGCCAGCUAAAGUAACUGUUGGAUUUGGUCAGCUAACCAUAACUGUUGUGCUGUGAAAGCAUCCGUUUUGUGCACCAGCUAACAUGGACAUUCACUUCAUUUCAUGUCAACAUGAACAUUGGCCUGUUUGUUAAAUGAUGUACUCGGCUCGUUAGCUCUCUGAAAGCCCCCAAACCCUUAACUGACUCUUCUCAAGCAACAUCCACUAGAGCUUUAACAAGGAAAACUCAGUUCAGUCUUCAAUAAUUAGACUAACAGACUUUGCUAUUGGUUGACCCCAGCACACUGACACAGGGCUCACCUUAACCAAACGUUUUCUGUCAUUGACUGAAUUUGUUUGAAGGCUUCUGUUAUUUUGACAAAUUAGCACAUACGGCAGGUCCUCUGGCAUCGCGCUCACCCAAGCAGAAGUGCAGGGGCCAGUUGCACUAAACAACUGAAGUUUUCUUCUUUAAUAUGACCCUAAGAUUUAGGUUUUAGCUGAGGAAGUUACUUAAGUUUGUUGCACAGAAAACGUUAGGAUGAUCGAAUAACUUAGGCUCAAAUGAUUUCUGUCUGGUCUUGGUCCAAUUUCAGUAGGUGGUCCAUAUAUUCUGUCUGGUCUGGAUCACAGUAGUAGCCCAGAUACCCUCCAUAUCCCUGUAUUUCCCUGGGGAUAUGGAGGGGUGGGGUACAUACACCUUGCAGCAUGUUUUCAGUCUGUUCUGGCGUCUCCUCCCUGUUGUAUGAGCCUGAAAUAAACUCCAGAUCAGAUGUCUAAAUUAGCCCAAAUGACUCCAUUGGAGAUCCCUUAUGAACCAGAGCAACCUCAUGUGGGACAGAGAAACCAGGACGCCCUCCUGGGGCCAGGAGCAGCUCGUAGAGGAGCACCUGGGCCCGCACCUGCUGGGCAUGGUUUAGCUCAGCAUGAUAAGACAAUGUGGGGUUUCUCAGUAUGUGCGCUAACCACUCGCAAUUUUUCAGCGCGUUGCCACCUGGAUGGUACGAAAACCGGUUUCACGUCUUGGUCUGCCCUCCUGCCUUGGUUCCCCAGCUCUGGGUGUUUUGUCCAACCAGUAGCAAAGUCUGUUACAGAUGUUUGCAGAGGCAAGAGUCACCCACCUACCAAUGACAAUAAUAUGGAAAUAUUUUGUAUUCACAGUAAACGUGGUGAGGAAAGCAUGACGCUAUGAUGAACAAGUUUGCAACAUAUCCAGCGCCAGUGUUUUUUAGUUGGACAGCUCUUCAGUAGAGAGAUGAGGUAGAAAACUAGUUUGUUAACUACAGAAGAAGAUCAGGGUCCUGAGGGUCAGAGGGCUCCAGGGCCAGAGCCUCUUUAUGAAGUGAGUUAUUUUUCAUAUUAUAACAAUAUUUCCUGUUGGAAAGUCAAACAACCACAAAAUGACCAUAGAGAGAUGCAAAAGAGCACAAAAGACACAAAGUUAUGCAAAACAACUACAAAGAGACACAACAACAUCUCAGAGUCUGUUUUUCUGUGUUGUUAAUGAGACCCAGAACUAAUACAAAAGGACUACAAACUGAUGGUUUGUAUCUUUUUUUAGUCCCCGUGUGUCUCUCCGCCCAGGGGUCUCAUCAUCUCUCUAUGGUCAGCAUAAAGAAACUCACUUCAUUCUUUAACAACAAGAAACAAGAAAAGCAGUUUGACUCAGACUCAGCUUUUCAAGAGGUUUCAGUCCAGUCAGGUCACAGUGUUCACAGCAGUCAAACAAGCAGCGUUCAUUUGAACUGUUAGUGUUUGUUUCUUCACUGCUUCUUGUGAUGGAACACUGAAGUGAACACAAAGAGUUGUACAUGGUUGUAGUUGGUAGGAGACUGAUCAUUGACCAUUGAUUAUUUACCUACGACUGAGUAUUAGGGCAACAUUGAGGAAAAAAAGAAAUAUGAAACUAUGAGAAUAAAGUUGUAAUUUUGAGAAUAAAAUCAUAAUAUUUCAAGAAAAUAAGUCAAACAAUAUUACAAACAUAGUUUUUAGUAAUAUUACAAGCAGCUAAUAAACCAGGUGAAAGGACAGACAGUGUCAGCCUGCUGCUUCUGGCAGCUGCUGUUUGUCUGUCUAACAAUAGAAUAGACUCAAAUUCUACACAAUCAGUGUCAUGAUGAUGAUGAUGAUGAUGAUGAAGAUGAUGAUGAUGAUGAUGAUGAUGAUGAUGAUGAUGAUGAUUAUGAUGAUGAGCCAAAAGAUGAAGUAUCUCCUUAUUUGUGAAACCUGAAGUAGAACUUCACAGGAUGCUCCAUGUUCCUCAUUUUAAAGCUUCUCAUAUUUCCUUCUAAAACAACACGCAACCUACAAUUAUCACUUUAUAGUCAUUAGAUUAUGAUUUUAUUCUUGUAAUAUUAUGAUUUUCUUCUCAAAAUUCCACCUUUAUUUCAGAUUUUUUCCUGAAUGUGGCCCUGAUACUCUGAUACAACAACAAACAUUUUACAACAACAGUCUAUUCUUAUGUUCCUAGCCUGGUUGUGUGAUGUUUCUAUAUCACUGAUCUCCACAGUGUCGGCCAUGACUGCUUCUAAAUGAAGUGUGAGCGAGCCAAUCAAAGGCAUGUAUAAUAAACGUGUAUCGUCCUUCCCCUGCAGGUCUCUGUGACACGACAGAUGUAGAGGUGGAGUGGUUUCACUCUUGGCGUGUUUGAACUGUUUAAAGAAAAAAAACAAACAUUCCCGGUUCGGUUGUGGACUUGCUCUGUUUCAUUCCGAGCUCUCGCUCACUUGAUAUUGUGAUGUUUUCCUCUCACUUUCUUUCCCAUCAGUGUCUGUGACCCAUUCGUCUGUGUUUUUUGAAAUAAACCAGCAAGAAGCCCGUAAUAUAAAAAAAAGGAAAUUAUCCAGUGAAUGCUAAAAGCAGGGAGUUUUUAAAUGUGCAAUUUCCCCCAUUUCAAAAUCACAGAGAUCUUUGAUCCAAUCUGGCAAAAGAAAGGAUUUCCCCUCCCUUUGCCGAAAUAGCUGGUCUUUUUUCGGAUGUUGUAGCAGUAAUUUAGUGUUUUGUAUGUUUAAUGUGUUUUUAAAAAUCCACAGAUUGCUAAGAGAUAUAUUUUAUACUUAUUUAUUGUACAGACACAGUUGAUCCAAAUCUACAAGGGACAUCUUUUGAGUUGUAAUGUUAUUCCUGUCCUGUAUGUAUUCUGUAUGUACGAAAUAUUAUCGCUUCAUUUUAAAAGAUUUGUACCAGACACUCAGCAUACAUGCAUAUGACUCAUAUGGUAUAGUUGGCUUGUUUUCACUGUACACCAAAUGGAUGUGUUGUAUAUGUGGCUUGGGCUUGUAAAGUGAUGACUAUGAAUUUCUUUGAGGACUUUUUGUAUAGAAAUAAAUGAUGAUGAACAGUU